UCAGACAGUGUAUCUAUGUAGUCCUGCCUGUCCUAGAACUCUCUAUGUAGACCAGACAGCCAGGUUGGCCUUGAACUCACAGAGAUCCACCUGACUGCCUCCUGUGCCCUUGUCUCAAGAGGAUAUAAAUUGUUGAAUAAAAACUUGAUUAUUUUCUGCACCUGACUGGUUUAUAAUCUCAGAAGGAACAAUGGAGAAUCAAGAAUUUCUUGUCCUGUAUACUCAUCAAAAGAUGAAGAAGUCAAAAGUGUGGCAAGAUGGAGUUUUGAAGAUCUCUCACUUAGGCAACAAGGCAGUUUUAUAUGACGACAAAGGAGCAUGUCUGGAAAGUUUGUUUCUUAAGUGCCUUGAGGUGAAACCUGGAGAUGACUUGGAAAGUGAGCGAUACUUAAUCACAGUUGAGGAGGCCAAGACUGCUGGAAGCAGAGCUGUUAACCCUGAUGGCUCUAGAGAACCACUGGAGUCAGGCCCAAGGACAGUUACGUCCUCCAGCCGGUCUCUUGGAUGUCAGCCUUCUGGCUUAAAAAGGAAGGCUUCUGGUUUUCAAAGGCCAUAUAAGGUACCAAAGACAGUGACUGUUAAAGAAAAUGGUGACUCAGCUGCCUCACUUGGUGAUGUGAAGCCUGGCCCGACAGUUCUUCCCCCAUUCUCCAGCACACUGCCUUUAUUUUCUACUGUUGGUCAGAAAGAUAUAAAUCAUACAUCAGCAUACAGUGAGAAUAUUGUCACUUUCAAGAACAAAGAGAGAAGCGACAUGCCUUUUUCACUUAUCUCUCCAUCCUCCAAGAUUAAUUCAGACACACUAGGCAAAGAGGACAGUUUUUGCUUUCCUCCCAGUUCUAACACCCAGCAUUCAGAUUCUUUACUGGCCAAUGAGCCCAUGAGAAGAAAUAGUUUGGGUUCUCACUGUCCUGGAGUUUCACAAAACCUCAGAAGCAAAGCACAGAUAUUAGCUCUUCUGAAAUCCAGCUCAACUAGCAUGAGCAACGAUCUGCAUUGUGAGACUACAGGACAUUUUCCUAAGGUACAGCCACAGGGGUGUUUGAAGAUUCCUUCCAAGCCAAAGGAGGAGUAUGCUGAGACACAGAGCACAGGGCAGUUAUGCUGCGAGCUACCGUCUGAACGUCCCACAAGAACUACAAGCCGGUGGACCAUGUUUUUACCCUCACAGAGAUCACCUGCCUGUUCUGCUAGAGAUGAGGAUGAUGCAGACGACAACCUCGGUGCCCAAGAAGAGGUAGACAUUUUUAAUUUUUCUGAACUUUUACUACAAAAAAAGUCAGAGCUCUUUGAAACCUGCACUGAAAAGGGAGAAUUGUACAGUGAAGACAAGCCAGUAGAUAAUAAUUGCCAGUACUGGAAUGAGGAAGAAAACUUAGCACCUUCGUUCUGUGAGAACAGCCCUUUACUGGACAGCUAUAGCAGUAAAGAAAAUGUUGAUUUAUUAUCAGAAUCUGACAUCCAGAACAGUAGCCAAGUACUUUUUAAUCAAAAUGACCAGAUAUGUACGGAAGGGUCACUUUGCUCUAGAGACAGAGUUCAGGUGGCAGACACAGCCCUGGAAGCAGAGUGCAGACCAGUGUCACCAUUGCCAGAAAGACAUACACAAACUGAGACUGCGUCUUCUCAAAGAAACAACUCUGAGCUCUCUGAUGAUAUUGCAGACAUGCCUGCUAAAACUAACGCUGAGAGAGAAACUCUGAAUACUAGUCACAAUCUGCCACAACCAUUUUUGGAAGUUUCUUUUAAUCUGAGCAACUUUGAGACCAGUGACACCGAUGAGGCAUCACAGGAAGACAGCAAACUCUCCCAGGAUUCAGACAGUUGGGGAAAGGAGAUUUUGCUUACAGAUGAUUCAUGUGUUCAGAAGAGCUGUGGAGAUAUAGGCUGCCAAGAAAUUGCACGAAGACACUUGCCACUCCCACCGCUUGCUGGUGUCAAGCCUAAAGAGGUCCUUCCUGCUAAUGAGACUCUGUUGUCAGAGUUUUGUGAUAGAACCUGUGUGGGUUUUUAUGCAGGACCUCAUGAAGAUGCAAACCCUGGAAAAGCAGUAGAGGAGCAGUGUGAUGACCCAGGGAGCAGUUUGGACUUAUCGCUGGAGUGGAAUGAGGAUGUACAAGCAGACAGCAAAGAAGAUGCUAAUAAAUCUAUCCAAAGAAAUGACACUAAUUACGGUAUUGUUUCACCCUCAAAUAAGCCCAAAGGUAUAGGUACAAGCUUACAUAUUCCUUAUCUUUUAAAGACAGUUAUUAGUCCGGCUCCUGAAAACAGUGACCUGUUCUCAGAAGCCAGGGGCUCACCUGCCACAGUAGUUCCACAGGCUCUGCUAGAGCGUCCUCAUGAGCAUCGGGCUUCUCAGCAGCCUGUUGAGUUUCAAGGACAUCAGGUGAAAGGAUCGGCCACUAGUGGUGUAAUGGUCAGAGGAUACAACUUACAGCUAGGAUGCAGUCAGCUUCCAGAUAGCGUUGAACAUGAAAACUUCAUGACUGAUACUCGUGUUUGGACACCAGAGUUGCCUAGUACUUGUAUGCAGACUGAUUUCUUGCAGGUGAUUUCACCAGAACAAAAGAUCCCUGCACUGAACCCUGCGCCUACUUUUUCUUUUGACACAAGAAAUGAAGAUGCUGUGCGUGAGUUCUCUGAGGAAUCUCUGGAAAAAAAGACUUUCCCUGGAUUGAAAAGUGUUGGUUGUCCAGAGAGUAAGACCUUUGGAAGGUUUCCAUUCACAAGUAGAGCCUCCGAUCCCUUUGUGACCUCACCUCCUGAUGAUGGGAUGGCAGUCUUAGAUUCUUGUUCAUUUAUGAUUGAUGAUGACGCACGAGAGUCUUCUGGUUCUUCCGUGUUGAACCUGUGUGAAGAAUCAGGUCUUUCAUUUGACCUUGGACCUGAGGACUGGGGUGGGGCGUCUUCCUGUGAAGAAUCUCGACAAGGGACUCCAGGAGAUGUUUCAUGGCUUCAUAAGAGUUCUACUCAAAGCAAGUGGCUAAAAUAUCAAAACCCAUCCCAGUGCAACUCAGCUGCUCUGAACAGAAUUGACAGUAAAGUGACAGAGGGCCUCUCUGCUGAGCCUGUGUCUGGGUUGCAUUUUAGCCAUACAAGUGAAAGGCAGAGUUAUGCUGUGAAUGAAAGUUCUGUAGACCCUGUGCACCUGCAGAUGAUAAAAGGCAUGCUCUAUCAACAGCAGCAGGAUGUUCCCAGAAAGGAAGCUCUUUCUCUGAAUUUAAAGUAUUCUUCCAAGAUGGAAGAAAUUCAGACUGUGUUAGGAACUUCUGCCAGCUACAACUCCAGAGUCAAAGGUCUACAGGACAUAAAUGGUUCUGAACUCUGUUUCCCAAGUGGGCAGAAAAUAAUAUCAGCUUAUCUUCCUCAAAGGCAAGUUCACAUACCAGCUGUUUUCCAGUCUCCUACUCACUAUAAACAGAUCUUUACAUCUUCCAUCAUAGAGCAUCUGAAUAUAUUGCUGUUUGAGUUGGCACAAAGGCUGUACAAAGCACUUUCCAAAGUUGACAUAUCCUUUUAUACAUCAUCAAAAGGAGAGACUCUGAAAAGUGGAAAAAAUAAUUCUCCAUCCUGCCAUCAUAAUCAACCUGCCAAACUUGUCAUGGUUAAAAAAGAAGGCUCAAAUAAGGGUCGUCUGUUUUACACAUGCGAUAGGCCAAAAGAUAGACAAUGCAGAUUUUUCAAGUGGCUUGAGGAAGCGGCUCCAGGACGGUUAUCACAGGAUGAGUCUCAACCCAACAUGGUUUUUAGUGAUAUUAAGAGUAUGGGCUCAUAUUUAAGAAGUCAAAAGGUGCCAGUCUAUGAGGAAUGCCAGCUUUUGUUGAAGAAAGGAUUUGAUUUUCAGAGGAAACAGUAUGGUAAACUAAAGAAGUUUGCAACUGUAAAUCCUGAAUUUUACAGUGAAACAAAAAGUAAGAUUUAUCUUAAGCUGAGUCGGAAGGAGAGUUCUUCAAUUUACAAUAAAGGUGAUCUUUGGGUUAUUUCAAAAACCCUGGACUUCGAACUAGAUACUUUCAUCGCAUGCAGUGCCUUCUUUGGGCCAUCUGCUGCCAAUGAAGUGGAGCUGCUGCCUUUGAAAGGCUAUUUUCCUUCUAAUUGGCCCACUAACACAACAGUCCAUGCAUUAUUGGUUUGUAAUGCCAGCACAGAGCUGACAACUCUGAAAAACAUUCAAGACUAUGUUAAUCCAGCUACUCUUCCACUAAUGCCACACCUGUUAGCAAUGUCUCAGUCAGCUACAGUUAGCAGUAAAAAUGUCAGUAAAAGAAAAUUUAUCCCACCAGCUGUUACAAACAUUAAAACAAAAUUUGAACUCCUCAACUUAGAAGCAACCUUGCAGUUAGCCAGUGAGUUGAUUAACAAGCACAGGCUGAACAAGGAUCAAGCUACGGCAUUAAUUCAGAUAGCUCGAAUGAUGGCAUCCCAGGAAAGGGAUGAAGAUUCACUGGAGCCCUUCAGCUGUUCUCUGCCCAUCACAGUCAUCCAUGGUGUUUUUGGAGCAGGCAAAAGCUAUUUGCUGGCUGUGGUGAUUCUGUUCUUUGUACAGCUGUUUGAAAAGUGUGACACUGGAACAGCUGGGAAUGCUAGGCCGUGGAAGCUUCUCAUUUCUUCCUCCACUAAUGUAGCUGUUGACAGAGUGCUUCUUGAACUUCUCAGUCUUGGAUUUGAAAAAUUCAUCAGAGUUGGGAGUGUUAGGAAGAUUGCCAAGCCAAUUUUACCCUACAGUUUGCAUGCUGGCUCAGAAAAUGAAAGCGAACAAUUGAAAGAACUCCAUGCAUUGAUGAGGGAAGAUCUAACUCCUGUAGAAAGGGUUUAUGUGAGAAAGAGUAUUGAGCAGCAUAAACUGGGGACCAACAGAGUCCUGCUAAAGCAGGUUCGAGUCGUUGGCAUUACCUGUGCAGCCUGCCCAUUCCCGUGUAUGAAUGGCCUUAAAUUCCCUCUGGUUGUGCUGGAUGAGUGCAGCCAGAUGACGGAGCCAGCAUCUCUCCUUCCUAUUGCAAGGUUUGAAUGUGAAAAGCUAAUUCUUGUUGGAGACCCCAAACAGCUGCCUCCUACAAUUCAGGGUUCUGAUGCAGCUCAUGAAAAUGGAUUGGAACAAACUCUGUUUGAUCGACUUUGCUUAAUGGGUCACAAACCCAUUCUGUUGAGAACCCAGUACCGUUGUCACCCUGUUAUCAGUGCCAUAGCUAAUGAUCUGUUUUAUGAAGGAAACCUGGUGAACGGCAUUUCAGAGAGAGAGAGGAGCCCUGUCCUGGAGUGGCUGCCCACGCUGUGUUUCUAUAAUGUCCCAGGAGCAGAGCAGGUUGAAAGAGAGAACAGCUUCCAGAAUGUGGCAGAAGCAGCUUUUACACUCAAGCUAAUCCAAUCACUGAUUGCAAGUGGAAUAGCAGGCUCCAUGAUUGGGGUGAUAACGCUGUACAAAUCGCAGAUGUACAAGAUUGGCCAUUUGCUCAGUGCUGUAGACAUCAGCUCCCAUGAUGUGAAGGCUGUGCAGGUGUCCACGGUGGAUGCCUUUCAAGGCGCUGAAAAGGAAGUCAUUAUUCUGUCCUGUGUGAGGACGAGACAAGUUGGGUUCAUUGAUUCAGAAAAGCGAAUGAAUGUCGCGCUGACUAGAGGGAGGAGGCAUUUGCUGAUUGUGGGAAGUUUGUCCUGUUUGAUGAAAAAUCGACUGUGGGGGCGUGUGAUCCAACAUUGUGAAGGAAGGGAAGACGGAUUGCAACAUGCAAGUCAGUGUGAACCUCAGCUGGAUCAUCUUCUUAAAGAUUAUUUUGAGAAACAAGCAGAAGAAAAACAGAAGAAAAAGGAGAAAGAGAAAUCUAAGGAUAAAUCUCAUUAACAAAAACAACAACAAAAAGCAUGACUAGGAGUGUUGAUAUUGUUAUAAAUAUCACAAGAGGCAGGAAAACACUCCUGAGAUCAGUAUGCAUUAAAAAAAUACAUGGCUGUCCCCAAAGCUAGUGUGCCAGAGCUCAGGUCCUGCCAGGUCCCUAGCGCACUCUCUGGCUGGAGCACCAGCAAUGAGUACUGCAUUGCCCACCAUCUCACAGCUGAAGCCAUCCACAGGGAAAGCUUAUGUUAAAACACAGCGCUAUGCCUCGUGCACUGGGCGCUCUGUAAGCAUCUAGCUGAAUGGACAGGACGAGCGGCCUUCAGAUUUUUUAAGUCUCCUCCCUGAACAGCACUUACUAGUAUAUAUGCAAAAUAAGUGGAUAAAACCCUUUUUAUUUUAAAGCUAACAUGUUCUCCCUAUAGAAAAAUGUACAGAACUAUAUAAAAGAAAAAACCUAUAUAUCCACUAGUCAGAUAAUCAUUAAUAUAUUCAGUCUUUUUCUAUAUUUAUAGUCUCUGUAAAUAUAUACAUGUAAGUUUAAACCAUUUGAGCCCAUGUGAUUCUAAGGUAUUGGUAAUAAAGGAAUAUAUUCAUCUCUAGGUAG